UGUGGGCGGGACAAACAUUGUGAGCCCAGAAAUCGAAGCCAAAUAGAGUAAACAACAAAGUUAGCUGAUCUGCUAGCUUUUAUUUACUGAUAUGGCAUCAGCGGCGACAUGUCCAGGCUCAACACCUCCAGAGUCCAUAGUGCCAGCUUGUAUGUUCGCACCGGACCGGGGAUGUGCUGAUGAUCCGUCGUGUGGAGAAGACUUUGAGGACGGCGAAGGGACAAAUGGGCAGUCUGUGGAUUACCUAGACUUGAGCAAAAAGCUGGUUCUUGUGAGCCCAACAGGAGAACAGUACGAUUCAUUACUGCGGCAGCUAAGAGAGCGGAUAGAAGAGGGAUGUGGCGAGACGAUCUAUGUGGUCGGGAUGGGCUCAGAUGGAGGCGACUACGGUCUGGAUGAGAAGGACAUGGAGGCGUCGGUGGCCACGGUGCGGUCACUGUGUGAGCAGGUCGAGGCUGACCUGAUCCUGCUGAGGGAGAGGACGGAAAGCGGCGGGAAGAUUCGAGACUACCUCAUCCGCCGGCGAGUCGGGGAGCAGGAUUUCCUGGAAGUGAGAGUUGCAGUUGUUGGCAAUGUGGAUGCUGGGAAGAGCACGCUGCUCGGUGUGUUGACCCAUGGCGAGCUGGACAACGGCCGAGGCUUCGCCCGCCAGAAGCUCUUCAGGCACAAGCACGAAAUGGAGAGCGGCAGGACCAGCAGCGUGGGCAACGACAUCCUGGGCUUCGACCAGGAGGGUCAGGUGGUCAACAAGCCAGACAGCCACGGCGGAGGCUUGGACUGGACCAAGAUCUGCGAGAAAUCCUCAAAGGUCAUCACCUUUAUUGACCUGGCCGGCCAUGAGAAGUACUUGAAAACCACCGUGUUUGGGAUGACGGGCCACCUGCCAGACUUCUGCAUGCUUAUGGUGGGCAGUAACGCCGGCAUAGUUGGCAUGACGAAGGAGCAUCUUGGCCUGGCGUUGGCCCUGAAUGUGCCGGUGUUUGUAGUUGUUACAAAGAUAGAUAUGUGUCCAGCUAACAUCUUGCAAGAGACACUAAAAUUACUACAAAGAUUAUUAAAGUCCCCAGGCUGCAGGAAAAUACCGGUUCUGGUCCAGAACAAGGAUGACGUCGUUGUCACCGCCUCCAACUUUAGUUCAGAGAGGAUGUGUCCCAUUUUCCAAAUCUCCAACGUGACGGGGGAGAACAUGGACCUGCUGAAGAUGUUCCUGAACCUGCUCUCCCCGAGGACCACUUUCAACAACGACGAGCCCGCAGAGUUCCAAAUUGACGACACGUACUCUGUGCCGGGUGUGGGUACGGUGGUUUCUGGUACUACGCUGCGCGGAUUGAUACGACUCAAUGACACGUUACUCUUAGGCCCAGACCCGCUCGGUACCUUCAUCCCCAUCACGGUGAAGUCCAUCCACCGCAAAAGGAUGCCCGUCAGGGAGGUCCACGGUGGACAGACUGCAUCCUUCGCUCUGAAGAAGAUUAAAAGGUCGUCAAUCAGGAAAGGAAUGGUGAUGGUCUCUCCAAAGAUAAUGCCUCAGGCUACCUGGGAGUUUGAGGCUGAGAUCUUGGUGCUUCACCAUCCAACCACAAUAUCUCCAAGGUACCAGGCCAUGGUCCACUGUGGCAGUAUCAGACAGACCGCCACUAUCCUGACCAUGAAUAAAGACUGCCUCAGGACAGGGGACAAGGCUUCAGUCCAUUUUCGCUUCAUUAAGACACCCGAGUAUCUGCACUGUGAUCAGAAGCUCGUGUUCAGGGAAGGUCGCACCAAAGCCGUUGGCACCAUCACCAAGCUCCUCCAGUCGGUGAGCACACAAGCUGCCAAAGCCCAGCAGGCCAAGUCUCAGGUCAGUAGGAAGUCUUCUAGAGAGGGAACGACAGGGAGCGAAGACACGGGGUCAACAGCACGACCACUUAGUCCAACUAUGGCAUCGACAGUGGCAGAGGAAGAUGCUCUAUGUAAAGAUGACAACAAAGAAAACAAGCUGAAAUCGGGAGGCGGAGGACGUCGGCGAGGGGGUCAGAGACAUCGAGGGAAAAGUCAAAAUACACCAACCAUGUCUUCAGCAAUGCCCACAGGAGCAGCAGGCUCAUCCUAAAGGCUGAAGAUUUCCUGCCUCGUCAUCCGGUUCUCUUAAAAACAUUGGCUCCCUAUCUGUUGUUUCUACAGUAGAAGGUGUAAUUCUCAAUAGGCUGUGGAAGGUGGUAUCAAGUUACAAACAUGUUUGCAUUUGUGCAUUGCAACGUUCGCCAUAUUAGUAGUUUGUCAGAACUUCCACUAGAGGCAUCGUCUUGUUUUUUUGCCCAGCCUCCAGUCUGCAAAACUUUUCUUUUCUAUUACUGUAAGCUGCCCUUAUUGUUCCUUUUGGAUGGAACAAAGGUAGAAUCAAACAAGUACAUUUGGGCACAACAUUUUCCGUUGUUUGGAAGUCAUUUUUGGGUUUGCCGUUGCCUUGAUGGCGUGUGGAUGGCUGGCCGUAGAUCUCUGACUCAAUAAAUGCUUUAUUUAUUGAGAUAGGGUGAUAGUUCACCCUACCAUUGAUGGGAGCCGGUUUUAAAAAUCCCUGCUUAAGAUGUUCUUGGUGUAUUGAAAAUGGUGUUGAUUUUUGGCAAUAAUUUGGAAAUUGAAUAGAAGAUACCUGAAAAUUGUAGCUUUUGUUGCAUUUCAAAUCACAUAACACGUUUGUAAAUGGAGAAAUUUCUCUCCAUUUAAAAAGAAAAAUCCAUCUUGCUGAGGUUUGAUCUCUAAUAGAAAAACCACUUUAUCUGCUUUAUCAUUUCCUCAGUUUCUUUAGCAGUUUAAUACGUUUAGUCCUUACAACUACACAAAUUUUUUCACUCUUAUUUUUAAAGAAAUGUUAACUAGAUUCAAACUGACUGUUAGUUUUUUGUUUUCCUCUAGUCUUUUAUUUGAUUAUAUUCUUUAAGAUGUUUUUGGCACUAGUGGUCUCUGUUGAACAGUAAAUAGACAGGAAGCUGGGUGGUUGGAGGAGGGGAAGACCAGAAAUCGAACUCAGGAUAACCAUGUUGAGAACUGCAGCCAUCCAGCUAUUAUUGAUCUAUGAUGAUAACUCGUAGGUCCAGAAGUCUCACUGUAACGAUGCAACAACGCACAUCAAAUGCCAAGGAAGAACAUAUUUAAGUCACUAAAUUGUAGCUGCUCUUUUUUAUUUUGGAGUCCACACAAAUGAGCAAGCAGCAGCCAUUUUCUGACUUCAGAAGUAGGAUUUGUUAAAUGCAAGAUUAAAUGUUUCUCUUCAGUAAUAGGAUUUUAGUUUUAUUGUUCAUAUUUUCCUUUGCAGAUUUAAAAUCAUAGACAAACCUUAUUUUUUUUGUGUAGAAGCCAUGAAGACUCUCACUAGUUAAGUUAAUUUUAGUGUCUUUGUGUCUACACAUUUUGCCAUUUUCUUCACAUUGUUUGAAAAACAGUAAAUGUUGUGCAGCCAGAACAUUUUACAUGCUACCCAUAUUUGAUGGUGGAUUGCAUGAAAUGAGCUUUCAAAUCUUUUUUUGUCUAUUUAUAUUCAAAAAUGAUGGUUGUGUAAAUGGGAAAAAAAGCAGUUUAAUUUAAGUGGUGCCAUUUUUAUGUAAACCCUUUUAAAUAAAUUUGCUAUAGCAAACUGA